AGGCUCUGGCUGAUUAGCUGUGCCGGGCUCCUCCCCUUUGCUGGCAGUCGGCGGCCGGCGCUCCACAAAUUCGCUGAUGUCCCACAACAGGAGACUUUAUACCAGUCAUCUGGGACAGCCUGGCGGGAUGAAGCCACACAGUGAGUUCACCGACCAGCCAGAUGACCCGGGAGCCACCGGGCUGGAGAAUCCGAAACUGAGAACCGACCCGAACACAACUGAAGCCGAGCCGGGCCAACUUCGGUAUCAAGGUGGAUAUUCGGUGAUGGCACCAAAUCAGAGCAAACGAUCUCAGAUACAGCAGAUGGCCAACAAGGAACUGGAGGAGCUAAGGCAGUGGAAGGAAGCUCAUAAACCUGGUCCAAUCAACAUGACUCCCACACAAUUGGGUGGACUCACUUCAGAGCACGAAGUAAGACGAAAGCAACAAAUAAAUCUCCUGGGGUCCAAGAUUCAACAAAGAGCUAAGAAAGAAGAAUAUGACCGGAAAAGGAGGGAAGCCGAAGAACUCCAAUAUCAGAAGGUGAAGGAAGUCCAGAGGGAAAAAGCCAACAAACUUGCGGAACGAAGGAGGCGGGAGGACGCGCAGAGGAAAGCACAGCUGCAAGCCCAGCACUACCAAGCAAACCAGGAGUUCCUUAAUAGGAUAGGGGCCAAUAGAUCUUCCAGUCAGCAGAGCCUGCGUCCCAGCUCAGCAGUUUCAACCACAUCAUGGGCCAAGACUCACACUUAUAAGGAGCAUCAGAAGCAGGCAGAAGACCAAAAACUACAGGAGAUGAAGAAUGAACAAAGGAGAAAAAGUGAAUACUUAGCAGAGAGGGAAUCCGAAGAGGAAGCUGAACAGCUGAAAAGGCUUCAUGAAGAUCGCAGGAGGAAGAAUAAUGCUUUCUUGGACAACCUUGAAAGAAGAGGUCAGUCUAGUCAGAAUUCCAACCUCAUGUCACUUCAUGUACCUGAUGAGCAAACCUUUGGACAGGAUACCAAGGAGUACGUUACUGCAUCAAAAUAUUAUGGAGAUGUUCAGGAAGAAGAAAACCUCUGUGAUACUUUGGCUGAAUCUGAAAUCAGUAGAAGUUCACCUGAAGAUACCAAACCAGACUGGGAUUUGAUGAAGCUUUCUUCCUUCUUCCCUGACUAUGAACUGACGAUUCUUGAGGAAUUCUUGCAACAAUGUGAUGGAGAGUUUGCCAGAGUGAUCGAGCUUCUACAAUAAGCAACUUGGAACCAAGUGGAAUGAUUUGGAUUAACCUUUUUUCUGUAGCAGGCAGUCAACUCAACUUCAAUGUGGCCCUCCUCCUGAAAGCUUUAGAUCUUCACUUGGCUGCGCAGCAAGAGAGCUCCAGUGACCUGGGUCCAAUCUCAGCCUUCAGAUCUGUCAGUGUGGAGUUUGCACAUUCUCCCCGUGAUCUUGUGAAUUUCUCCCACGUGCUCCAAUUUCCUUCAGUCUGCAAGAUGGAGAGUUAAAUGACGAUUGUAACUGUCCUCUGGUGUGUAGAUGACUGGUGGACUCUGGCGAGAGUUGAUGGGAAUGAAGGGAGAAUAAAAAGGAGUUAGUGUAAAUGAUGGUUGCUGCAAACUCGGUGACCUGAAGGGCCUGUCCCUUGACUCUAAAUGUGAUCAGCCACUAACAGAAAACAUUGAAUUAAGUCAACGACUUUUAAUUUCCUGUAUUGGGAGCAGGAAGAGGCCAUUCAGCCCACUGUCUGUUCUCCCAUUCACAACUGAUCUCCAAUUUAGUACCUUUUAACAAUAUUGCUUUCAUUUGCACGAUACUACUCACAUUUAUUAAUUUGGCAUUUCACAUCUGAUAUUCCAAUAGAUCUUAGUGUAGCAAUGAUUAAUAGAGGGAAGAUUGCUAAAUUCAGUAAACCACCGACUGUUCAACUGCAAAGAUGUAAAAUGUUUACGCAGCUAAUGAGAUGUCUUCAACUGAAGAGUUAAUGGAAGGGAAACCAAAGGCCCAAACUGUAAUAGGGAAUAAAUUUGUUCAAGUUUGAAAA